AUGUCGUCGACAUUGGUGGCCCGCCUCCCCGAAUUACGGCGGAAUAUUUGCGUUCGAUGCGCUGCGCUCCCAGUAGCCCAUUUCAGACAAAACCAAGCGAGAUGGGUAUCACAAAAGGUCGUGGAGAAGCGCAAGACAGGGGAGGAGGAGUGGGCAAGACGCGCCACAGCAAUUGAGCAGGGUGAAAUUCAGAACAUCUGGGAUGUAUUUGAGGAGCGAGGUUACGUCAAGGACGUCGCAGGGCGCACACCGCAGGUCAAAGAACUCUUGCGGACCAAACGAAUAGGCGCAUACGUCGGCGUCGAUCCCACGGCGGCGUCCCUCCACGUCGGCCACCUUCUCCCCUUUAUGCCCCUUUUCUGGAUGUACCUCAACGGGUACACGGCCGUGUCGCUGGUCGGAGGCGCGACGGGCAGGAUAGGUGACCCGACGGACCGACUGAAGACGCGCGAGGUCAUGGCGAAUAGCGAGGUCUCAAUGAACAUCACAAAGAUCCACUACCAGCUGAAGAAGAUUUGGGCAAAUGUGGAAGCCCUGGGGCGAAAGUACGGCCAUGAGGCGGACUGGGCGGCUAAGAGGCAUCUCGUGAACAACAACAUGUGGUGGCAAAGCUUGCCAUUGUACGAUGUCAUGAAGAGACUGGGCCGCUUCAUGCGGAUAGGGCCCAUGCUCGGCCGCGAUACAGUCAAGAACAAGAUGGAAAAGGGCGACGGCAUGUCCCUCGCAGAAUUCACCUACCCCUUAAUGCAAGGAUGGGACUUUUGGCACCUGUACUCCAAGCUCGGCGUCCAGAUGCAAAUCGGAGGCUCAGAUCAGUUCGGAAACAUCGUGACGGGCAUCGAGGCCGUCAAGACGAUCCGCGCGUCCGAGGAGAACCCCAACAUGCGCAUGCCCGAGACCUGGAGAGACGACCCAAUCGGCUUCACGGUGCCCCUCCUGACGGACAGCGCGGGCGCAAAGUUUGGCAAGAGCGCUGGCAACGCCGUUUGGCUCGACCCCUUUAUGACGAGCGCCUUUGACCUCUACGGCUAUUUCGCCCGGCGGUCCGACACCGAGGUUGAGCGGCUCCUCAAGCUCUUCACCUUCCUGCCCACCGCCAACAUUGAGAAGCUCAUGGUCGACCACGCAAAGAACCCGCCCGCGCGCGUCGCGCAGCACACCCUCGCCUUCGAGGUGCUCUCUCUCGUCCACGGCGCCGACGUUGCCAUCAGGGAGCAGCAGCAGCAUCAGUUCAUGUACAGCAAGGGAUCCGGCACCCAAUUCGCCGGCGCCUCGCCCGAGAAAGCGGGACAGGACAACACCGUGGCCCCCUACAAGGCCGUGGAAGGCCACCCGACGACCCUCAACAACGCGCCCAAGAUGGACAUGCAGCUCCCCGAAAACCUCAUCUACAACCAAGGCAUCGCCCGCAUCCUCUACGCCGCAGGUCUCGCCACCUCCGUCAGCGAGGGCCACCGCAUCGCCCGCGCCCAGGGCGCCUACGUCGCCGCCGCGCCCGGCAAGGACAUGCGCGGCCUCGUGCCCGGAAACCUCGACUGGACGCCCGUCAAGCUCUGGUACCCGCAGGACGUGCCCAAGUUCCUUAUUGACGGCCGCGUGCUCAUCAUCCGCAAGGGCAAACACAACGUCCGCAUCAUCGAGGUCGUCAGCGACAAGGAGUGGCAGGACAGCGGCAAGGCCUACCCGGGCGAGCCCUUCAAGGGCAAGACGCGCGUGCUGAUGCAGCAGCUCAAGGAGCUCGCCGCGGCCGAGGGCCGCAAGCUCUCGCGCCGCGAGCUGGAGCAGAUGGUCAAGGAGAAGCUGGCCGCCGAGGAGGAGGAGGUUACCGUUGCGAAUAACCCGGAUAUCAAGUUCCCCAAGAAGAGCGAGCGCCAGCAAGCGUUCGAGGAGGGCAAGUCGCGGGAGUAA